CUACUUUACACCAGCACUGGAGGAGGCUAGUGAGGCAGGGCGGGGGCGGUGGGGCCUCCCCCAGCCUUUCCUUCCCCUUCUCCUCUCCUUCACUGUCCUGCCGGCAGGCACAGGAAGGUGAAGCAAGGUGUUUCCAGCCGGCAGGAUGGAGGACGAGGAAGGCCCUGAGUGUGGCAAACCUGACUUUGUGCUUUUGGACCAAGUGACCAUGGAGGACUUCAUGAGGAACCUGCAGCUCAGGUUCGAGAAGGGCCGCAUCUACACCUACAUUGGUGAGGUGCUGGUAUCCGUGAACCCCUACCAGGAGCUGCCCCUGUAUGGGCCUGAGGCCAUUGCCAGGUAUCAGGGCCGUGAGCUCUAUGAGCGGCCACCCCAUCUCUACGCUGUGGCCAACGCCACCUACAAGGCGAUGAAGCACCGGUCCAGGGACACCUGCAUCGUCAUCUCAGGUGAGAGUGGGGCAGGGAAGACAGAAGCCAGUAAGCACAUCAUGCAGUACAUUGCUGCCGUCACCAACCCAAGCCAGAGGGCUGAGGUGGAGAGGGUCAAGGACGUGCUGCUCAAGUCCACCUGUGUGCUAGAGGCCUUCGGCAAUGCCCGCACCAACCGCAAUCACAACUCCAGCCGCUUUGGCAAGUACAUGGACAUCAACUUCGACUUCAAGGGGGACCCGAUCGGAGGACACAUCCACAGCUACCUACUGGAGAAGUCUCGGGUCCUCAAGCAGCACGUGGGUGAAAGAAACUUCCACGCCUUCUACCAGUUGCUGAGAGGCAGUGAGGACAAGCAGCUGCAUAAACUGCACUUGGAGAGAAACCCUGCUGUAUACAAUUUCACGCGCCAGGGAGCAGGACUCAACAUGACUGUGCACAGCGCCUUGGACAGUGAUGAGCAGAGCCACCAGGCAGUGACCGAGGCCAUGAGGGUCAUCGGCUUCAGUCCUGAAGAGGUGGAGUCUGUGCAUCGCAUCCUGGCUGCCAUAUUGCACCUGGGAAACAUCGAGUUUGUGGAGACAGAGGAGGGUGGGCUGCAGAAGGAGGGCGUGGCAGUGGCCGAGGAGACACUGGUGGACCAUGUGGCUGAGCUGACGGCCACACCCCGGGACCUCGUGCUCCGCUCCCUGCUGGCUCGCACAGUUGCCUCGGGAGGCAGGGAACUCAUAGAGAAGGGCCACACUGCAGCUGAGGCCAGCUACGCCCGGGAUGCCUGUGCCAAGGCGGUGUACCAGCGGCUGUUUGAGUGGGUGGUGAACAGGAUCAACAGUGUCAUGGAAGCCCGAGGCCGGGACCCUCGGCGUGAUGGCAAGGACACAGUCAUUGGUGUGCUGGACAUCUAUGGCUUCGAGGUGUUUCCCGUCAACAGCUUCGAGCAGUUCUGCAUCAACUACUGCAACGAGAAGCUGCAGCAGCUAUUCAUCCGGCUCAUCCUGAAGCAGGAGCAGGAGGAGUACGAGCGCGAGGGCAUCGCCUGGCAGAGCGUUGAGUACUUCAACAACGCCAUCAUUGUGGAUCUGGUGGAACGGCCCCACCGUGGCAUCCUGGCCGUGCUGGACGAGGCCUGCAGCUCUGCCGGCACCAUCACUGACCGAAUCUUCCUGCAGACCCUGGACACACACCACCGCCAUCACCUACACUACACGAGCCGCCAGGUGCCCCUGGCUGUCCCAGCACCACCACAGUGGGCUGGUGGGACCUGCCCCAUAGGCACCACACUGCCCAUGCCUCAUGGGAACUGGGUGGGGACCCAGCUUUGGUGCCAUUGUUGUCACUGUGGCGACCUUCUCUGUCCUGGAGGUGGGGAAGCAGGGCUAUCCCCUCAUACAGACCCCCCACACACCUUUUGUGCCUUGACCUCAACCUGUCCCCAUAGCUCUGCCCCACAGACAAGACCAUGGAGUUUGGCCGAGACUUCCGGAUCAAGCACUAUGCAGGGGAUGUCACGUACUCCGUGGAAGGCUUCAUCGACAAGAACAGAGAUUUCCUCUUCCAGGACUUCAAGCGGCUGCUGUACAACAGACCCCACUCUACGGGCCAUGUGGCCAGAUGGGCAGCAGGACAUCACAGAGGUGACCAAGCGCCCCCUGACGGCCGGCACACUCUUCAAGAACUCCAUGGUGGCCCUGGUGGAGAAUCUUGCCUCCAAGGAGCCCUUCUACGUCCGCUGCAUCAAGCCCAAUGAGGACAAGGUGGCUGGGAAGCUGGAUGAGAACCACUGUCGCCACCAGGUCGCAUACCUGGGGCUGCUGGAGAACGUGAGGGUCCGCAGGGCUGGCUUCGCUUCCCGCCAGCCCUACUCUCGAUUCCUGCUCAGGUACAAGAUGACCUGUGAAUACACAUGGCCCAACCACCUGCUGGGCUCCGACAAGGCAGCUGUGAGCGCUCUCCUGGAGCAGCACGGGCUGCAGGGGGACGUGGCCUUUGGCCACAGCAAGCUGUUCAUCCGCUCACCCCGGACACUGGUCACACUGGAGCAGAGCCGAGCCCGCCUCAUCCCCAUCAUUGUGCUGCUAUUGCAGAAGGCAUGGCGGGGCACCUUGGCGAGGUGGCGCUGCCGGAGGCUGAGGGCUAUCUAUACCAUCAUGCGCUGGUUCCGGAGACACAAGGUGCGGGCUCACCUGGCUGAGCUGCAGCGGCGAUUCCAGGCUGCAAGGCAGCCGCCGCUCUACGGGCGUGACCUUGUGUGGCCGCUGCCCCCUGCUGUGUUGCAGCCCUUCCAGGACACCUGCCACGCGCUCUUCUGCAGGUGGCGGGCCCGGCAGCUGGUGAAGAACAUCCCCCCUUCAGACAUGGCCCAGAUCAAGGCCAAGGUGGCCGCCAUGGGGGCCCUGCAAGGGCUUCGUCAGGACUGGGGCUGCCGGCGGGCCUGGGCCCGAGAUUACCUGUCCUCUGCCACUGACAAUCCCACAGCAUCAAGCCUGUUUGCUCAGCGACUAAAGACACUUCGGGACAAAGAUGGUUUCAGGGCUGUGCUCUUUUCAAGCCACAUCCGUAAGGUGAACCGCUUCUACAAGAUCCGGAACAGGGCCCUCCUGCUCACAGACCGGCACCUCUACAAGCUGGACCCUGACCGGCAGUACCGGGUGAUGCGGGCAGUGCCCCUUGAGGCGGUGACAGGGCUGAGCGUGACCAGCGGAGGAGACCAGCUGGUGGUGCUGCACGCCCGUGGCCAGGACGACCUCGUGGUGUGCUUGCACCGCUCCCGGCCGCCGCUGGACAACCGCAUUGGGGAGCUGGUGGGUGUGCUGGCCGCACACUGCCAGGGGGAGGGCCGCGCCCUGGAGGUUCGCGUCUCCGACUGCAUCCCGCUGAGCCAGCGCGGGGCCCGGCGCCUCGUCUCGGUGGAGCCCAGGCCGGAGCAGCCAGAGCCCGAUUUCCGCUGCGCCCGCGGCACCUUCACCCUGCUCUGGCCCAGCCGCUGAGCGCCCGCACCCGCCGCGCCCCGAGGCCGCCGAUUGUCCGCCCCGCCCGCGCUGCAAAUAAACCCUCUGAAUCAA